AUGGCAGACGUUCGGGCACUCCUCCGCCAGCAGCGGGCAGCUCGCCGCAUCACCCAUCCAUACGCCGCCUACUCAGACACCGGAAAGCUGCUCUGCACCCUCUGCCGCGACCAGAUCCGCGCAGAAUCCCACUGGGACGCCCACCUCGCCAGCGACAAGCACAGAAAGCGUCUGUCUACCAUAUCAGCUCCGCCUCCACCUGAUGUCAAUGGUGGCGAUGACGACGACGACGACUACUGCGUAACCGACGAGGUCAACGAGCAGGCGGGGAUGGAGGAUUUGAACGACAUUGAAGGCCGGCAUCAGAGGGCAGACACUCCCUCAUCCACCCACAAGCGGAAACUCGACCAUGCGGCUGCUGCGUCUAAAGACGAGCACCGGCCGCAGGAAGCCACAGGGACCCUCGCAGGGCGUCCAAGUCCAGAUGCCCUCGCGGUCAACAACGCCCGCCGACUCGCAACACUCUGGCAGUUCGGCAGCGGCGACGGCGGCGGCAAAGUCUACGACGAAGCUGGCAACCUCUCUUCCCUCCCGCCAGGCCAGCAACCUGGCAACUCCGGCCCACAACAACCGCAAACGCACCCCCCGCAACCCCCAGCAGCAUCAACAUCCCAAAACCAACAACAAAUCGACGAAGACGAAUGGGCCGCCUUCGAAGCCGACAUCGCCGCCGAAACCGCCCCCUACGACGCCGACGCCGUAAUCUCCCGUCCCGCCAUGACCGCCGAGGAAGCCGCCGCCGCAAAGGAGGCUGCUGCUGCUGCUGCUGCUGCUGAGCAGGAAGCUCUCGAGAACCCUGAAUCUCGCAAGACAAAGGCAGACGCGGACAUUGAGGACGAGCGCGAAGAGGCUACGCGGGCGCUGGAGGAGGAGUUUGAGGAGAUGCAGGAGCUCGAGGCGCGGGUGCAGCGCCUCAAGGAGAAGAGGGAGGCGUUGAUGCGGAAGAGAGGAGAGACGAACGCCCUCACGACGCCUGCCAUGAAUGGAGCCGAAGCUGAGAACAGUGACGAAGAUGACGAAGAUGAUGAUGAGGAGGAGGAAGACGACUGGGACGGCUUCCGGUUUCGCACAGGGCGAUAG